AUACGUCAGAUGAAGAAGUUAGCUUUACUUUCAGGACGCUGCUGCCUCUUAGCUCAAAGAGCAGCAGCCAGUGGAGAAAUCUGUUAGUGAAGAUAGCCCAGUGUCUUUUAUACUACCACGUAUUGAUUUCCUUUAACACUACGGUUUUAUGUGUUUUGUUUCUUUUUUUCAACGUAUAUUGAAGGAAGUUUGAGAAGAACGGAGGACGUGCGUAUCCUGAGAAUUUCGACAGUCAAACCGUAUCGUCUACGAGCACACAGCCUGUUAGCUUUCUGUUAAGAGAGUUAUUCUCCACUCUCCGACGAAACAUGAGCUUUUUAUUCGGAAACCGCUCAUCCAAGACGUUCAAGCCCAAGAAGAAUAUCCCAGAGGGUUCUCAUCAGUACGAGCUGUUGAAACAUGCAGAGGCUACACUGGGAAGUGGAAACCUGCGCAUGGCGGUCAUGUUGCCUGAGGGCGAGGACUUAAAUGAGUGGGUCGCAGUCAACAUCAACCGUUCAAAAUGGACUUCCCCAAGUGAUGGAAAGCCAAAGUUGGCAGUAUGCCCCUGGGAAUCUGUGGAUUUCUUCAACCAGAUCAACAUGCUGUAUGGCACGAUCACAGACUUUUGCACAGAGGAAAGCUGUCCAGUGAUGUCUGCUGGUCCUAAAUACGAGUACCAUUGGGCCGACGGAACCAGCAUUAAAAAGCCCAUCAAGUGCUCUGCUCCCAAGUAUAUUGAUUAUCUCAUGACCUGGGUGCAAGACCAGCUUGAUGAUGAAACGCUUUUUCCUUCAAAGAUUGGCGUCCCCUUCAGGCGAAACUUCAUGGCAGUGGCAAAGACCAUUCUGAAGCGCCUGUUCAGGGUCUACGCCCACAUCUACCACCAGCACUUUGACUCCGUCAUGCAGCUACAAGAAGAGGCCCACCUCAACACGUCGUUCAAACACUUCAUCUUUUUUGUUCAGGAGUUCAACCUGAUUGAUAGGAAAGAACUCGCCCCACUACAGGAGCUGAUUGAAAAGCUGACGACUAAGGAUAGAUAAACGGCAAUGUAAAACCGAUUUUACUGGUCUUGUAGUUUUUGCACAGAUCCCCGCCCCACCCUGGCUGUAUGUAUGCAGUAUGUACUAUAUUUCCAUUUGGGGAAAUGUUUUAAUAAGGCCAGGCAGAAGGAAGGGUCAUAAUAGGUUUAAGGCACCGGGACUAAUGCUAUCAGGGAUUACACGUAAUUUAACAAACCACCGAUUCUGAUAUCAGAGUAAAAGAUAUUAGCUAUAUGGAAAAAUCCCCAGUAUUGACUCACAGCUUCCAUUUAGAAUAAAAUAGACAUUUGCUCAUUAGUCUUCUAUUAGACUGCACAUUGAUGUUGCUGGGACUGUGGCAACACAAGUCAUUUUCAUGCUUGUAGGUCAUUGUUUCCAGCUCACCCGUGGGGGAGAAAAUCAUAUCAUGUCAUCUUGCGCUGUCAUAUUAGGAGGAAUGUGUUGUUUUCAUGACCAGCGCUGACGCCAAUUCAUCAGCAGUAGGUAGUUAUUUUCUUACAUCGGAGCAGAAUUUUCAGGUUGCUACUUUUAUGUCUUUAAUAGCCCACAUGUCAAUAAAUAAAGAAUCCUAAGUGCCUGCCAUGGCUCAUAAUUGCCCUAUAUCAACCAAGAUAAAGACCAUGUACCACAAACACUUGCAUUCCUCACCCCUCCUUUCCUGUUCUCAUGCUUCUUAAGCCCUUCAUAACACUCCUUUUCUACAUAUUUGUACUGCAAGUUGGUUAAAAUGAUUUUGUUAAAAAUGAUCCUACUCACCAAGGUUAUCCUUAUUUAGUUAGGAAGUGUCUUUGCCAGGUGUUUUGUGCAGCUUUUGAUUGAUGAAUGUGUUGAAGGACAUAGAAGUGAAGCUGGGGACUGAAGAUGGACUCAUGUUUUGCAUUUGCUAGUAAACCUUUCCUUGUAUACUGGUUUCCCCUAGUACUUUAAAUAGAAACUGAUCUUUUUAGUAUAUUUAAAACAUUAAAUUGUACAUACAUGGCCAGAAAUGCCAACGGAGAGUUUCUUAAAGCCGCCUGGUGCUUAAAGAUGCUCCAAACUGGGUUUUUGUUACAUCCCGUCUCCCUGGCCGUGAAGCACUUUGGAGCGAUUUCCUGACCUCUCUUGCCUGAAUGUUUCUACUGCUUAGACUGUGCUUUGUCAGAAGCACCAUCUUGUGACUUAUCACACGUUGGUGCUUCUUUUGUAUCAUAGUUUGCUCUCCCCCCCUUCAACCCCCCACCCCCACCCCCCGAUUGAAUGUUGAAUCGCUCAACCUACUCGAAACUCAGCAAAGAGGCACAAGUGAGAGUUCUCACGCUUUUGUACGGUCAGAGUCGUUUGUUGCUGUGCUGCCAACAGCAGAUGCAUGCGCCCCUACCCCAAAACUCAAAGUGUAGGUUCCUAUGCAAUAAUUGCUGAAACACUAAAAGGGUUGGUUGACCAGUUGGCUCAUUUAUAUACUUUAUAUCAAGUGUUCUCUUUACUUCACACUUAAAUUCUGUUGUAUGAUGAAACCAGAAAUGCUUCUUUUCCAGGUUUGCUUUAAGAAAUGGUGACGUGCACAUUUUAUAAGGCUUUCUAUCUUCAAUUUCUCAGUUGUAAUGCGAUGACGCACAUGUAAAUACUGAGGCUUAGGCCUCUCCAACACUUUUCAGCGAGCAUGAAGUGGUAGCUUCGGUUGAAAGAAUGCAUCGAGUCUUUAUAGGCUGCUUUUCCUCUCCACGUUUGAAUAGUUGGAUAUUUAAAAGAAAAAAGCUUUGUUUAUUUGUUUAAAUCAUUGAAUAGCUUUUUCCACCUCCUUGGCUAACUAUUAUGAAUGUUACUGCUCACCAGAUUUCUGAAAAUGUAAUGUCAUCCUGAAAUGAAAUGCCCGUUACAGCUUAUGGCCUACAGUUUUUCCUCCUUGAGUGUAAUGAUUAAUGAGAUGUUUGUACAUAAUGGCUUGGUAGAGGUUUUCAAUGCUACUGAAUUUACAAGGCAAAUAAAAGUGGUCUUGACUCUUUAAA